CACUGCGUGGACGUGGUGCACGUGGCGGGGCGCCGGCCCUUCGGCCAGAACCUCCUCAGCAUCUACGCCGACGGGCAGCUGCGGAAGACGGCUCAGCUCCGCUGCCCCUCCCUGCACGAGUCCUUCACCUCCUGCUGCAUCGGCUCCGCGGGCCACCGGACCACCACCACCAUUGCCACCACCAGCCACCCACCAGCAUCCCACGGGCCAGAGCUGGUCUUCCCCCCUCACCCCACGCUCGGCCGCUCCCAGUCCGUCCCCGCCGCCCUGGGCCCCCACUCUUGGACCCCCACGCAGCCCCCCACGGAAGGGGUGGUGGCCACCACAGCGGCCGGCAGCCAGGACACAGAGUGGGGCAGCCCCACCUCCCUGGAGGGUCACCUGGGCUCCGUGGCCAUCUUCUGCGAGGCUCUGCAGCAAGCCCAGGUCAAGGCGCUCUUCUGUGCAGGACCAAACGUCACGUCUCCGUUCACGUUGGAAGGUGACCUGGGGGAGCUCAGCAGCAAGCUCCUGCUGUACUACACCCCACAGGCCUGCAGGAACAACAUCUGCCUGGACCUCUCUCCCAGCCACGGUUUGGACGGGAGGCUGACGGGGCACAAGGUGGUCCACUGGGACAUCAAGGACGUGAUCAACUGUGUGGGUGGGAUGGGUGUGCUGCUGCCCCUGCUCGAGCAAGUGGUGUCCAAGAAGGAGGAGCCUGAGGAAGAGCAGGAGACCAACGACCUGGUGGGGCCAGAACUGACGUCCUCCAGGAACGCCCAGGGCAUGCUCAUCCCACUGGGCAAGUCCUCAGAGAGCAGGCUGGAGAGGAACAGCGUGGCUGCCUUCCUGCUGCUGGUGAAGAACUUCAUCCAGAACCACCCAGUGAACCAGGAGAGCCUGGUGCAGUGCCACGGGCCGGCCAUCAUCGGGGCCCUGCUGCAGAAGGUCUCCAGCCCUCUGCUGGACAUGAGCACGCUGAUGGCCUCGCAGAUGCUGAUGGAGCAGGUGGCCUCAGAGGGCAGUGGGCUCCUGCUCCACCUCCUCUACCAGCAUCUCCUCUUCGACUUCCGCAUCUGGAGCAACAGCGACUUCGCCGUCCGCUUAGGUCACAUCCAGUAUCUGGCCAACGUUGUCAAGGACCACAAGCAGAGGCUCCGGAAGAAGUACGGGGUGCAGUAUCUCCUCGACUCCAUCCGCACCUACUACGGCACCUCCAGGGAGAAGACCACAGCCACCGAUGACAUCAAGACGGUGCAGACAUCCCUCUUCAGCCUGGUGAAGGAUUUCUUCUGCAGGAGCUUCUCCGGGGAGGAGAUGCAGAGCUUGCUGAACUACUUGGCUGGGGCACAGGACGAGCAGCAGGUCUGUGGGGCGCUGGAGGUGAUCCACAGCCUGCUGAAGGGCUCGCCUGCCCAGGAGCAGCUCUUCACCUUCCUCUUCGAGCCAGGCCACGUGGAAGUCCUCUUCUCCCUGCUGGUGCAGAAGAAGUUCUCAGAUGAAGUGCGGGAGAGGGUCUUCAAGAUCCUCUACAAGAUGCUGAAGUACGAGAAGGUCCCCGAGCGCAGCAAGAGCCGCCUGAAGCUGAAGGACAUCGGGUACCAGGGGCUCAUCUCCUGCCUCAGUGACAUCCCUGGCUCCAUGCUGCUCUUCCGCUGCCUCUCUGAGCAGGUCCUCGGGGCAGACCCUCCCAACUACAAGGACCUGGUGGCUGUGGUCUCCCUGUCCCACCGGGCUGAGCUGACCAUCCGGCUCGAUAUCUGCCGCAAGCUCUUCCACUUGAUCUACGCUCAGCAGGACAUGGUGAAGCAGCUGGCCAGGUUGCCCGGCUGGCAGGACACACUCACCAAGCUCUACGUCAAGGAGUCCUACGAGUCCCACGUGGCCAACGGGGGCUUCCUGGAGCUCCCCCCCACCUCAGAGCCGCCGGGCAAGGACGGGGCGAGCCCACCGCCGGCCGAGCUGCAGGAGCUGGAUGUCUUCCUGCCCUUGGGCUACGAGGCCUCGGACCAGGAGCUCUCCGAGGGCUUCUCCGACCACUCCAUCUCCCCCGGGGGCCGCGCCAAGUCCUUCCACUCCUACAACUUCAAAUCCUUCGACUCCUCCGACCGGGCCAGCCGCUCGUCCUCCAACCCCGGCGACGGGCCACCCUUCGACGGCGUCUACCACCCCCUCUCGCCCUUCUCCACCUCCCCCUUUGACCUGGGCCUUGACCUGGCCAGCACCAGCUCGCAAACGCCCGAGGAGGAGCUGUGCAACCUCUUGACCAACAUCAUCUUCUCGGUGACCUGGCGUGGGGUGGAGGGCUGGGACGAGGGGGCGUGGAGGGAGCGGGGCCAGGUCUUCUCCGUCCUCACCAAGCUGGGCACGGCGUGCGAGCUGCAAACGCCCGAGGAGGAGCUGUGCAACCUCUUGACCAACAUCAUCUUCUCGGUGACCUGGCGUGGGGUGGAGGGCUGGGACGAGGGGGCGUGGAGGGAGCGGGGCCAGGUCUUCUCCGUCCUCACCAAGCUGGGCACGGCGUGCGAGCUGGUGCGGCCCCCCGACGAGAUCAAGAGGAGCCUCUUGGAGAUGAUGCUGGAGUCGGCGCUGACGGACCUGAAGGAGUCGGGGCCGGGGGCUCUGCCCGCCCUCACCCACAACGCCCUCAAGCUGCUGCGCCUGCUCCAGGACUUCUUGUUCUCUGAGGGACACAACAACCAGGCCCUCUGGAGCGAGAAGAUCUACGAGGGGGUGAGCAGUCUCCUGGACAAGCUGGGCGUCUGGUACCACUUGGCCAACGGCACCUCUGACCUCAAGGAGAUGGCCCAGACGGGUCUGCGCAUCCUCGUGGGCUACAUCCUGCUGCAGGACCCCCAGCUGCACUCGCUGGCGUACGUGAAGCUGCACAGCCUGCUGCAGACCUCCUCAGCCCCCAAAAAGGAUGAAGCUUGCUACCUCCUGGGCAAGCUGGAGACCCCUCUGCGGCGCUCUCUGGACGCCCAGUCGGAGACCUUCUCCUGGCUGGUGCCCAUCGUCCGUACACUCAUGGACCAGUGCUACGAGACCCUGCAGCUGCAGCUCUUCCUGCCCUCCCUGCCCCCCACCAACGGCAGCCCCACUUUCUACGAGGACUUCCAGCUCUUCUGCACCACCCCGGAGUGGAGGAGCUUCAUCGAGAAGCACGUGCAGCCCACCAUGGCUCAGUUUGAGAUGGACACCUUUGCCAAGAGCCACGACCACAUGUCCAACUUUUGGAAUGCCUGCUACGAUGCCAUGAUGAGCAGCUCCCAACGUCGGGAGCAGGAGAAGGCGGCCAGCCGCAAGAUGUUCCAG